AUGGAGUUUUUGCGCCGAGGUCGGUCUUCUCACGGGAGUGGGAUCGAGCAGCAGGCUUUGGCAGGACCAUCUACGCAGCCGGAAAUGGAAGAAGGAACACGACCACGAUCGAGACGUUUGCCAGGAACACGGCCUUCGCUCUCCUCCAGGCGUCGUAUCGGUAACGGGAUGCAGAGACUUGAUGGCGAAGAAAACGAUACCCCGAAAACUCCACGGUUCAGCCUGGGUCUCCCGACACUCCCAGGGACUCGCCUCAAUUUGCCACAUCUCACGAGAACAUGGACUGGCGGCUCUAACGGUCCAGAUUCACGGCCCAGCUCAAACCAGCAACACCUAAAUCAAGUCGACGAAGUGUCACCCGAAUCAGCCAUUCCUCGAGCUGGAGGCCCACCGACUGCCCCAGUAACAAUACCGGCGCCCGUGGCCCGCGCAUUCCGGUCUGAAUCCACUGGCAGGACGAGGAGGUUCACCGGUCCAGAUCCGGCAGAGAUGCAUCUGGCGCAGAUGGCCCAAGAAGGGCGACGACGUAGACGGCGCGCAAACCGCCGUCAACAACAGGACAACGACGAGGGGCACCCGAAGCGGUUUCUCCUCUGCAUCCCCUGGCCAAAAUCACGGCGCAUGAGAUCGCAGAUUCUUCGGUGCUUCAUAUCGGGCUUUUUUCUCUCCUUGCUUCUGGUGGUUUACCUAGCACUUUCCCUUACGAAAAACAUACGCAGUGGCGAGUUCACGGUGCUUUUGAUACUCAUCAUCUUGUUUGUCACCGUCUUCUUCUGCCAUGGCUUGAUUCGACUUUGCAUGCUUGUCAUACGGCCACGACCCGAAGACGAGCCCAGGCCGCCGAUGCCUCAACUCCUGCCCCCCGGUGGCUACGCUGUACCUCGGGAACCUAUCCGAGUUGUGCUGGCGCGCGACGAAGAGGAACAAGGGGAGGUCAGCGAGGCGGUCCAGGCUAAGCCGCCUGCCUAUGGCCUCUGGCGAGAGAGCGUGAGGGUUGACCCCAACCGUAUAUACUGGCAGCGCAACCCGAACGCUGCGUUGUCGAACGCGGGGCAGUCAACCUCGGGAGAGAGCAAUGGUGGGCCUCGUCCGCCGUCGUAUGCUUCGGAAGACGGAGUUAGCUAUGUCGUAGACGCCCGACCUCGGUCGAUGGCACCAAUUGUGAUGGAGGCUCCAAUGCCGCCGCAUCCGUCCGAAAUCGGGCGCACGGGGGAACGUCGGAACCCGUGGUGA